AUGUCCGCCAGAGCGUUACGGAAGCUGCAAAAGCAGCUUGAACUGGAGGCGCAGCUUCAACAAGCUGAAGAUCACGAAAGCUCGAAUGACGAAUCCAUACCAGCCCCUCCAAAGAAGAAAUUAAAUGCCUUCGACUUGCUGAAUGCCGCCGGCGAUGAUGAUGACGACGAGGACCAGAUGUCAGAAGAUGAGACGUUAUCAAGAGAAACAAAUAUUGCACAAAUCGACGCCCCCGCAGCGACUACGAAAGUAGAGUCGGCGAAGAAGAAUAAGAAAAAGAAGAAAAAGAAGAAGGCGGCGCAGAAAGUAGCCUCCGAGCCGGAAAAGGCAGCUGUGGAGGAAGAACUUGAUGAUAUCGAUCGAGCACUCAAAGAGUUAGCGGUGAAAAAUGGUAACGCUGCCGUUUCGAGCGAGAAUCAGCCUGCGCUUUCAGGCGCGAGGGAAGACUUCUUCGCCAAAUCGCCCGCCGAACUCCUUGCCAUCGAACCGAAAUCUCUUAAUGCGAUCAACGAGAUGCGGAAGCUGUUCGGAAACGUCGUCCUUGAGUCAUUUGAAGAACAGGAUGCUGGAUCUGGACGACGAAGAGAGCGGCAACGGGAGAUGAUCGAUUUGGGCAAAUCUUUGAGUGGCCGGUAUAGUCCCGCAAGUAGAGGACAAAGUCUUGCCGGGGUAACUAUGAGGAAGAAUAUACUCAUGCAAGGAAAGGAUGAGUGGCCGAGAACAACAAGUGGCGGGCUCGGAAUGGAACUUGUGCAGAGACUACCGGAUGGUAGCAGUCAGUAUCGACUUGUGCACAACAAAGCAUAUCAAGACGUGCAGAUGCAAUUUGAUAUGUGUGUUGAGUCGAUGGACCCUCAGAGGUUGAUUCAUCUCUUGCAGUACAAUCCAUAUCACAUCUCGACAUUACUUCAAGUUUCGGACAUAGCCAAACACCAAGGCGACCAUGCUGUCUCAGCUGAUCUAUUAGAAAGAGUGUUGUUUAAUAUAGGCCGGGCAGCGCACUCUUCAUACAAUGCCCAACUACAAGAAGGAAAGGCAAAAUUAGAUUUUAUGCUCACGGAAAACCGAGAGUUGUGGCUCACAAUCUGGAGAUAUAUUGCAAAUCUUGGCAUGAAAGGAACAUGGCGGACAGCAUAUGAAUGGGCCAAGUUGGCUCUGAGUCUCGAUACUAAAGACCCUUAUUGCAUGAGGCUACUUAUUGAUAAUUUGGCACUCAGGGGCCGACAGUACGAGCAUUUCAUCUCUCUUUGCACUGAGACGAUUUUCAAGGAGGAUUGGGAGUCAUACCCCAAUAUUCAAUGUUCACUGUCGUUAGCAUACCUGCGUUUGAAUAAGCCAAAAGAAGCUCGCCAGCAACUUCGAGCGGCCAUGACGCGUUAUCCGUGGAUCUUUAAUCGACUUGCUCAGGAGUUGGAUGUGCAGCCUAUUCCCAAACGAAUAUGGGGGAAGAUGCCUCCGGCACAAUCUCAUGAACUACUUGCCGAACUGUACAUAUCUCGUGCUAAGGAUUUGUGGAAUACACCAGAAGUUCUUUCACUUCUUGUGGAAAUAGCGGAGACUCUUUCGGAAGAGUCUAUUUCUGUUGAAGCGCCAGAGAUUACACUAGACAUCGCACGCCAUGUCGUUCUUUCCGAUAUCCCUAGUGUCACAACUCAUCUCCCGAGUCGAUUCACAACCGGCAGGAUUUCUGCUUCUGACCCGCUGCCUCCUUAUGACUCCGAGGCUUAUCGUCGGCAGACCAACCCAGUUCCGUCCUACAUUUCACAAAUUCCCGAGGCCGCCCAACCACAGUGGUUGAGAAAUCUCCUCGGGCGUGUUGAUCCGGGUGGAGUAGAACACAUAGAUGAUGACGAUGACCACAGCGAAGCAGAUGAUCUUCCGGACUUGGAGCCGAUUGACGAAAAUUCUGCAGAAUCCCUUCCACCAACUGGCAAUGAUCAAGGAGCAAUCAGACAGUGGCUUCUCGGCGCUGGUAUCCCGCCGCUCCAGAGAUUUGUGCGUCAGCACGGUAUAGAUCCGGGCAACUGGGAAGAUAUCGAGCCUGUUCCCGUGAAUAACUACGUUGAUGGUCUGAUAAGAAUUUAUCCCUUCGAGGAGAGAGAAGAGUUACUCUAUGGACCGAUUCAGGAUAUACUGGGUGAGAUGGUGGUGAAUCUGAUCGAAUGGCAAGGACACAUGCGGCCGGAAUACUGGGAGCAUCCAAGCGACUGA